AUGGAAAGCGGUCACUACACAUACCCAGCUGGUGCAAUCUUCGACGAAUUAUCUUGGAUGCCUAUGCCACCAACCUAUUAUGCCUACCCAAUGUCAGCAAGUGGACAAGCUGGAUAUCCAAUGGCUAUGCAACACGCACUACCGUAUCCUAGCAUGACGAACUGGUAUAGUUAUAACGCAAAUGGUGUGCCACCCUCGACGAAGUACAAGAAAAAACGGAAUUUGUUUACGAAGCUACAGCUCAAUAUGCUGCAGAGAAGAUUCGCUGAGAAGGAGCACAUAAGACAACCUGAGCGGGACAACUUCGCCCAAAUGAUUGGCCUUACUGGAGAACAAGUGACGUGGAUUUGA